AUGCCCAGUGAUGACACAGCUGCUCCCAGGAGUCCAGGUAACCUGCAGGCUGAAGCUCCAGAACGUGGACUCGCUGAGCAAAAGGGUGAAGGCAUGCACGUACCAAACUGCUCCGCAGAGAACACCAACCUAAUUCCCACCCCCGAGCUGUGGAAGCACCUGCCCACAGCGCCCUGUGCAGAUGCCCUUUCCCUUGUGCUUAUUACAGAAGUCACUGUGCACUUACCACCUCCUGUACUGGGCCAAGGGGAGGGCUUUCAACAGACCCAGCACAUGGUGACUCUCCUCACCCUCGACUUUAUCGUCGACGAGGCAAAGAGGCAGAGGGAGAGGAAUGCCCUGCCUUUCCUGGUGCUGGCGGUGCGGGCAGGUUGCUGGCGACGCGCUGCACUGGACCACCCAGGCCGUGGCAGGCACCACGCGGAACGUCCUCUCCUCUCAGUGAUGAAAAGAAACGCAACUGGCAGCCCUGAGACACAGGCAGCGGAGCCCAAAGUAGUCUCACUUCACGGAUGGGCGGUUCCGCUUCGGCUUCCGCAUCCCAAGGCACCCUUACUUCCGGAAGUAGCUGUCGGAUCCAUCCGUUCGGAGGCCAGAGUGAAGGAAGCUACUAGAAGAUGCACUUCAGCCAAAUGGGGACAUACAGCAGGAAAGAAGACAUGGAACCCAGAGAGCAGAAGCUCGGACCUGGGGGAAAGGCAGAGGGCCCCGGCUGGCCGCUGGGCAGCAGCCGGCCGGACCCAGUCCAGAUGGGAGCAGGGCAAGGGUGAAGACGCCAAGAAACAAAUGGAACAGGUCGAGUGUUCAGAGCUGUGCCUGGGAGUUGGAAAAAAUUAG